UUCGUUUUUCGUCUUCUCCUCCUCCUCUAUCUAUUCUUAUCAACCUCAAGCCUCAAUCUGUGCAUUACCUUUUUCAAUCAAAUCUCAAAACUUUUCAUUGCAGUUUAUUAGCAUCUGGUGUUCCCGUAUUAAUUCCAGACAGGGACAUGAUUUAAGCUUUUGUGUGGAUAGGCAUCUAUGUAAUUAAUUCUACAGAAUGUUCGAUCGGAGAAACAAGUCACAGUAUAUUGGCGGCCAGAAGGAGAAGUUUGUAAGGUUGGAUGAUUUAGAUUCAACAUUAUCAAUGUCCUCUGAUCAGGGUGGAAUGAAUAAAUGUUUUAAUAUAGAGGGCAUCCCCUUCACUGGCCACAGAAGAAAGAAGGCAUCAAAAUCUUUCAAUAUACCCCGUGGGCCAAAAGAGCUAGCAAAACUAGGCCAAACAUUGAGAUCAGGAGUAUCCAAAGCAGUUUUCCCAGAGGAUCUUAGAGUCUCUGAGAAGCGAAUUUUUGAUCCUCAAGACAGAUCCCUCUUACUGUGGAAUAGGCUUUUUGUCAUAUCAUGUAUUCUUGGAGUAUCUAUGGAUCCUUUGUUCUUUUAUCUUCCUGUCUUCAAUGAUAAUAAAAAUUGCCUUGGAAUGGAUAUCCACUUAGCAGUCACAGUUACCACUCUGCGAACGGUAGUUGAUUCCUUUUACCUUAUUCGAAUGGCAUUACAGUUUCGCACAGCUUAUAUUGCUCCAUCAUCGCGAGUUUUUGGACGAGGUGAACUUGUGAUAGAUCCUGCACUUAUAGCUUCAAGAUAUUUGCGGCAUUUUUUCAUUGUUGAUCUUCUUUCUGUGCUGCCUCUACCACAGUUUGUGGUUUGGAAAUUUCUCCUUAAAGAAGGAGCAGAGGUACUUAACUCAAAAGAGGCAUUGCAACAUAUUAUUCUUUUACAAUAUAUUCCUAGGUUUGUUCGCUUUUUACCCCUGAUUUCGGAGUUGAAGAAGACUGCCGGAGUUUUUGCUGAAAGUGCUUUUGCUGGUGCUGCAUACUAUCUGCUAUGGUACUUGCUUAUGAGUCAUAUAUUAGGGGCUUUGUGGUACUUGCUUGGCAUAGAGCGUAAUAUCGCUUGCUGGAAAUCAGUCUGUUAUAACAACCGCGGGAAAUGUAAGCCUGACUACUUGUACUGUGGCUAUCCCAAAUCGGCGGCAUUUCAGAAGUGGAAUAGCAUCAGUGAAAAACUACUUAGGAAGACAUGUAAUGCCACCGAAGAAAAUAAGCGAACUUUCAACUAUGGAAUCUACUCGCAGGCUGUUUCAGUUAACCUUUAUACUUCUUAUGAUUUUAUCGCUAAAUUCUUCUAUUGUUUGUGGUGGGGUCUGCAAAAUUUGAGUACACUUGGUCAGGGGCUCAAAACCAGUACGCAUGAAACGGAGGUUCUCUUUUCAAUAUCCAUAGGCAUCGGGGGGCUUAUCCUCUUUGCACUUUUGAUAGGAAACAUGCAAACCUACCUUCAAUCUCUUACUGUUCGUCUUGAGGAGAUGAGGAUCAAAAGGCGUGACUCAGAGCAGUGGAUGCAUCAUCGCUGGCUUCCACAAGAUCUCAGGGAAAGAGUUAGGCGCUAUGAUCAUUUCAAGUGGUUGGAAACACGAGGAGUAGAUGAAGAAAGCUUGGUCCAAAGUCUUCCCAAAGAUCUCAGGAGGGAUAUCAAGCGCCACCUCUGUUUGAGUUUGGUGAGACGGGUAAGCAUUCUCACUAGUUGCUUCAUUCAGCUGACACUAUUAUCUCUUCAUGAUGGUGUUUGCACACAGGUUCCGCUGUUUACCAAUAUGGAUGAGCGAUUGCUUGAUGCCAUAUGUGAGAGAUUGAAGCCAAGUUUGUGCACAGAGGGGACAUGUGUGGUUCGAGAAGGGGACCCUGUCGAUGAGAUGCUUUUAAUCAUUCGUGGUGAGUUGGAAAGUGUCACUACAGAUGGCGGAAGAACUGGUUUUUACAAUAGAGGUUUACUGAAAGAAGGGGACUUCUGUGGGGAGGAGCUUCUUACUUGGGCAUUAGACCCCAAAUCUUAUUCUCACUUGCCAUCAUCUACUCGGACAGUGAGGGCUUUAACUGAAGUAGAAGCUUUUGCCUUAAAAGCUGAAGACCUAAAGUUUGUAGCUAGUCAGUUCAGACGGUUACAUAGUCGGCAGGUGCAGCAUACCUUCCGUUUCUACUCACAACAAUGGAGAACAUGGGCUGCUUCCUUUAUCCAGGCGACAUGGCGCCGCAGAAAAGGAAGGAAGACUGCUGCAGAAAGCCAGGACAGACAUGCUGCAGAGAUGGCACCAGACUACUUAGAGGAAGAUGAACACGAAGAAUCAGUUGAGCAACCAGAUGAAAAUGGAGAAUUUCCAUCCAGGCUGCGUGCUACAGUCUUUGCGUCUCGCUUUGCACAUAAUGCUCGUAGACACAGGGAAGGAACUUCAAAUAAUAAUAAACGUUCCAUGAAGUUAAUGAUGCAGAAGCCCUCAGAGCCUGACUUCAAUGCAGAGUAGUUGGUGCAUAUAAUCAAAUAUCAGUGUAACACCACCUUCUCUGGCCAAUUUUUUGUCUUUAGCUGCACCAUACCUACAUUACUCUACCCAUUUUUGUCAUGUCAUGUGUAAUCUAUGUACCAUAAGCAAUAUGUUAUGCUACUCAGAUACAUAGUAAUGUAUCAAUAAGUUAUAUCUAGAAGAUGUUCAUAUUCUCAAGGUUAAUGAUACGAUUGAUGAAAAUUAUAUUAUGAUAAUAGAGCAUUCCAUAAAGUGUUUAAUUCA